AUGCCCCUUCCACAAGUCAGGGUGCUAACCCUAAAACAGGGAGAGAACAGCCAGGACAAACUCUACCGUUUGGAGAAAGGAUGGGUGCUACGUGUUGUGUUAGGGCCAAGUCUGAUGGCUUCUUCUGUGCGAUUGUUUUGCAACCAUCCACGUGACAAGGACACACCCUAUGAACGGACAAAAUACUAUGAGGUUCCCUUCAGGUUUUCUGCUGGUGUGGGAGACAGGAUGGAUUUGACUGCGGAAGUCAAGAUGAUCAUUGCAGGAUCUUUCAACUAUUUCUUUACAGUUGAUGGCAGUGCUACAGUUGACAACUGCAACGGUUCUGGGUAUUUUUUAGUUGACCCAACUUUGCAUCUGGGACCCAACGAUGAAGAAAUCAACAUGGACGCCAUUGUUUGCCAGACAGUCAUUACAAAACUGUUGGGUCCCUUCAAUGAGUGGUUGCCUAGAUUACAGGUUGCGGCUGAAAGUGGGUACAACAUGGUUCACUUUACCCCCAUCCAAGAACUGGGAAUUUCCAACUCAGCAUACUCCAUUCGUGAUCAGCUGAGACUGAGUCCCGUAUACAGCCCAGGAGAGCAGAAGUUUGACUUUGAGGAUGUUGUCAAGCUUGUCAACUUCAUGAAUAAAACUUGGGGG